UUUAUCUCAAAUUUUGAAACUGACUUAUCUCACAUCUUUUCUCAAUAACAUACAGAGAUGGAUUCGAAAACCCCGGCGAAAACUAAAGUGUUGGAUUCGUCUUCGAAUUCAAAGGUCAGGGUCGUUCUCAGGGUUCGUCCCUUUCUUCCCCGGGAGAUUCCCGACGAGAGUGGUGACGGACGAUCCUGCGUUUCCGUUAUCGACGGCGAUGACUCCAGCGAAGUGGCAGUUUACCUCAAAGAUCCAGAUAGCUGUCGAAACGAAAGCUAUCAGCUGGAUGCGUUUUACGGGAGAGAUGAUGAUAAUGUGAAGCAGAUCUUUGAUAAGGAAGUAAGCCCUUUGAUUCCUGGUAUCUUUCACGGUUUCAACGCUACUGUGCUUGCUUAUGGAGCCACCGGAAGCGGAAAGACGUUUACGAUGCAGGGAUUCGAUGAGCUACCUGGUUUGAUGCCAUUGACCAUGUCCACCAUUCUGUCUUUGUGCGAGAAGACAGGGAGUAAAGCAGAGAUUUCAUAUUAUGAAGUUUACAUGGACAGAUGUUGGGAUCUCCUAGAAGUUAAAGCAAACGAGAUUGCUAUCUGGGAUGACAAAGAUGGACAAGUUCAUCUUAAGGGACUUUCUAGUGUCCCUGUUAACUCCAUGUCUGAGUUUCAAGACGCAUACUUGUGUGGCGUUCAGCGGAGGAAAGUUGCACACACUGGUUUAAAUGAUGUCUCUAGUAGAAGCCAUGGAGUGCUUGUGAUCUCAGUAACCUCAGAAGGGCUUGCCACUGGAAAAAUCAAUCUGAUUGAUCUGGCAGGUAACGAAGACAAUAGAAGGACAGGCAAUGAGGGAAUCCGUCUACAAGAGAGUGCCAAAAUUAAUCAGUCAUUAUUUGCAUUGUCCAAUGUGGUUUAUGCACUGAAUAAUAACCUACCAAGAGUGCCUUACAGGGAAAGCAAAUUGACUAGAAUACUGCAGGAUUCACUUGGUGGAACAAGUAGGGCUCUCAUGGUCGCAUGUCUGAAUCCUGGAGAAUACCAAGAAUCUCUUCGCACUGUUAGCUUGGCUGCAAGGUCAAGGCACAUCUCAAACAAUGUUUCUUUGAAUCUCAAGGCAGAGACCCCCAAGGUUAAGGUAGAUAUGGAAGCAAAGCUGCAAGCUUGGCUUGAAUCAAAAGGCAAGACGAAAAGCACGCAUAGAAUGAUGGCAAUACGUUCUCCCCUGUCAAGUACAAAUCAAACUUCAAUUUAUCAUAGCUCGGUCAAGAAAUCCGUCUGUCAUAGAUCAGCCAUUGCAGGUGCUACAUUUGCUGGCACAGGACAGAGGGAUGCAUUUGUUACCGCAAGGAACUUAUUUGGUGAGGAAACUCUUGCUGCUUCACAUUUAUGGGAACCUAUACAGAACCUGCAGUUAGAUUCUCUAAACAAAGAAGAUGAGAGAAACUCAUCUGGCGAAGAGAAUCUAUUGGUAUUAGAAGCAAGCUUGAAAGAUAACCCAUUGGACCUCGAGAAGAAAUAUACUGAGCUGAGUCCUCUUCGUGAAGCUCUGUCUCAGAUAGACUCCAAUGCAAAACCAAAAUUAACAGAUGGAAGCUCUCCUACUCUGAAGCCAAUGACCCCAAAAACACCUUUUCUUUCCGCAAACCCUGAAAAUAGGCAGAGGGAAGGCACUUGCCAGAAGUUCAAUGCGUGGAGCACUAAUUUAAAGACGUCUCUCAUGAAUGAGUACAUUCACUUCUUGAACACAGCCAACAGAGAAGAGCUAAUGGAGUUAAAGGGAAUUGGAGAUAAGAUGGCUGACUACAUUACUGAACUCAGAGAAUCAAGCCCUUUAAAAGCGCUUACUGAUUUAGAGAAGAUCGGUUUCACCUCAAGACAGGUACAUAACUUGUUCAAAAGAGCCACUGAAGGAAUCCUUGAAAAGCCAGUUUCUUCUGCUUCAACAACACCUUAGUUGUUUGUCUCUAGCAACAAGAGCUUGUGUAUUGUAUUUGUAUGUGGAGUAAUUUCAUUAUUGUCUGAUCUUGUUUGUUAAGCUUUGUAACCAGAGACAUGGGCUUGAUCUUAAACGUGUACCGAGGGAGAAAGAAGCAAACUUUAAAGUUUCUCACUGAAACUUAACUCAAAUACAAACCCAUAACAGUUCUGGUUUAUAAAGUCACAUUGAUAAAACUUACAGAGAUAUCUUAAUGACCAAACCAGAAGACACACAAAA